AUGGUCAAAUUCUAUUUAAAGAUCUCAGCAGAGCUAGAUAACGUUACCGAGCUAGAGCCAUUGGACACCCCGCAAGAGCCGCACUACUAUACCUUCAAAAUCGAGUGCACCAAAUGUCGCACUGUCCAUGACAAAGAUGUGCAGAUCAACAGAUUUGAAAAACACGAAAUGGGAGGCUCAAGAGGUGAGGCAAACUUUGUUUUUCGCUGUAAAGAAUGCAAGAACGAGCAUAAUGCCAGCAUUGAAAGAACCAAUGCUAAGUUAGAAAAUGGCGACAGUAAACCUGUGGCCAUACUUGAAAUCGAUGCGCGAGGUUUGGAUUUCGUUGAGUUUAUCCCCGACGGGAAAUUCCAGGCAAAAGGUGUCGAGACUGGCACCGUGUUUGAUGAAGUUGACUUGGAAGACCUGGAAUGGUAUGAUGUUGACGAAAAGACCAAUGAGGAAGUUUCUAUUACUGAUGUUAAAUGGACCAUUUCCCGGUCUUGA